CCCCUACAUCUGUGUCACUUCACGGCACCCAUACCCCACCUGGCGGUCUACUCUGGCCCCCCUUCUUCUUCCACCUCACCCCCUUUCCCUCUCUGCCUCCCCAACACCCCCGCCUGCUCUUCACCCAUCAGCGUAACCAUAGAUAGCACCCCCGCCUCAGAACGUAGGUGGGAGGGAACGGGGGGAGGUGGGGUGGAGGGGGGAGAGGUCGACAUUGAGAGCCGGGGGACUGCUGUCUCUUCUCGUUCACGUAUGGCUCUCUCAUUGGGCCGUCUGUUGAGAGGGGGCUGUACUCCCUCCACAGUAUUCCCCAGCAUUACGCCAAAAUGUCCUGCCCUCUUCGGGACAAGCAGCCGCGUUCAGCCUAUCAGCAUGGAGCAGCCCAGCCCAGGCGCAUUGCCAAUUUUUUUCCAGAUCAAGGUGGACAUCCCUCCAGAGUGUCGUAUCUACCCCCGUUGACUCUGAGGAUGAGGUGGAGAGAUGGGGGCAUUGAGAGGGGGAGGGCAGGUGAAGGAGAUCAUCUGUCCCUGGGAAAGUCUAACACCUUAUGAUGGGGCCGGGUAAUGCACACACACACACACACACACAUUAACGAGCAUGCGCACACACACACACACAUUAACGUGCAUGCGCACACACACACAUUAUUGCUGACAUUUCCAAAGUAUAAUCCGUUACAGUUACUUGUUACCUGUCCAAAAUCAGUAAUGUAGGAUUUGGAUUACUCAAACUCAGUAAUGUAAUCUGAUUACGUAGUUAUUUUGGGAAUACUUUCCACCUCAGAAGCGUUAGAAGACGUGUGUCAUCAUAGUGGUCGCUGACUUGUCAGACUCGCUCAGGUGGAACAAUCCGAAAGUAGAACAUUUCAAUGCUUGAAUAGAAUAUCGCUGAGAAAACAGAAAGGUGUCAGAAUGUCUUUUUAUUUUAAAAGUAAUCCAACAAGUAAUCAUCUAGUUUUUCUAAAGUAUCUGUAAUCUGAUUACAAUAAUUUGCUGGAAACAUCGGUCGGUUACUCCCCAACCCUGUUAAUGUACACAGAUACAGACACACACACUCUCUCUCACACACACACACACACAUACAUACAUACAUACUGUGGCGUACAGCAGGUCAGCCACCAGGGGAGACUCGUCGAGGCCUGGUAACAGAUGGAGUAUACAUCACGAGGCGGGGGCUCCAUCUGCUGGACGUGCCAGGUCUCGACGGGCUCUCCGGACAGGACUAAUUGGGUCUGAUUGGGAGCUGGUGAGUAAUCAAGGGCGGAUUGCUCACCAGCUGUGCGAGGCCCAUAAAGCUGCCAGAAGGGCAGCACACAUGGAGAGGACUAGGGGAAGUGAGGUGACUUCCAUGUGGUUGGAUUCGGUUACCCGAGGAAGUUGAGUUUGUGUGCCCGACAGGAUGACUCGGAGCCCAGGAGACGGUAUCCCGGAGAGGGUCUCAUGAGGGAGACCUGUUCUUUUCUUUUUUGAUUUAUUAUUUAAUAAACACCCUUGAAACCGA